AUGGAAAACGAGAUGGUUGGUACAGAAGACGUCAGCACUCAGAAUUAUUCAUACAUUCCAAGAAACUGGAGUUCAGAGCUUAUACCUAAACAGCUGGGAUUAUCCUCAGAUGAAGAAGAAGACUAUAACGAAGCGGCAUUACGCUCUACCGAGAAGCUGUACAACAGUUUAGAGAGAGUGAAAAAAACAUUAGGAAACAUGUCAACUCCAGAAUAUAAGAAGACAGGUAGUUACACGGGAAGCCAUGGAUUUAGGGAGAAUCUGGGAAAUGCAUCUGAAAUGCAGCCAUUGCUCUUUCAGCUCAAGCAGUUGAAGAAUUAUAUGGAGAUGGUCAGCGCCGAUCAUCCAAGAGACUACUUUUUUAAGAGAUCGCCACUUCAGGGACUCUAUAAAACACCAGGCUCCAUGAAUAAGGAUAUUAAUUACAUUGAUAAUUUGAGUCAAGAGAUUAAAGAGUGCGAGGAUUUGAUAGAGCAGCUGAGGAUGACUAGGCCAUAG